AUGAAGACGGCACCCCCUCUGCGCCAUGGCGACGGCGACAGUGACAAUGAGGACAGUGAGGGCACCAUCAUCAGAACGGGUGCUGAUGCCGCCAACCACCUGCUGCCGAUGCGUGAUGAUUGCGAGCCCGCCCUAACCUUUCGAAGUCUCCUUCUGGCCACUUGUCUCGCGGCUUUCCAAGCCGUCAUGCGCCAGAUCUACUCUUUCAAACCCACUCAGAUCACCAUCUCGGGUACAUUCAUUACCCUCAUAGCCUACUUUCUGGGCAAAGCCUGGGCCAACGUUCUUCCCCGGGGUGAUCAUUUCGAGGCUCGGUGGAGGGAGAAGGGUGGCCAGGGCAAACCACCCCGAUGGAUCGCGCUCAUCUCCUUUUUCAACCAUGGGCCUUGGAACCUGAAGGAGCACGCAAUAUGUGCCAUUACUGCCACUUCGGCCUCCAACGCUGUCGAGAGUAUUCAGGUCUUCGCCGCGCAAGAUAUCUUCUACGACCUGCCUUUGAAGCCGGCCACCGUUAUUUUAAGUGUGAUCUCGAUUGGGCUGUUUGGCUACGGCAUCUGCGGUAUCAUGCGUCCCAUUACCGUCUGGCAUGUCGAGGCUGUUUACUGGAGUAGUCUCCCCACGAUCAAAACUCUCCAAGGACUCCAUUGGCAGGACCUGAAGAACUCCAAGCCGCUCCGAUUCUUCUGGUACAGUUUCACCGGCAUGUUCGCCUACGAGUUCCUCCCUGCCUACAUUUGGCCAUGGCUGAAUUCCAUCUCGAUCCCCUGCCUGGCCGCAAUGCACGCUACUGGGGCCAAGGCAGCCGUACUCACCAAUCUCUUCGGCGGUUCCAUCAAUAACGAGGGACUGGGGCUCUUCAGUCUGUCUUUGGACUGGCAAUAUAUUACUUCCUUCAACACCUCUUUGCCUCUCAAGCUGCAAGCCCAUGCAGCCGCGGGCUACCUUGUCUGCUUUGCCGCCAUGCUCGGCAUCUAUUAUACCAAUGCGUGGGAUGCAAUGUCCCAGCCAUUCAUGUCGACGCGGCUUCGAUCCGAGGACGGCUCAACGUACCCAAGUGCCCAGGUUUUUUCCGGGGCUGUGCUCAACGAAACCGCCUUGGCCGAGUAUGGUAUCCCCAGACUGACCGGGAGUUUCGCGUAUUCAAUGUUCAUGGCGAAUGCUGCCAUCGGUGCCCUCGUUGCCCACUGCUUCCUCUUCUGGGGCGGUGACAUCGUCAGGGCGUACAAGAGCGCCAAAAGCGGAUCAUGCGAUGAUCGACACCAUGCCUACAUGGCAAAGCACUACAAGGAAACACCAUGGUGGUGGUACGUCGCCGUGCUGGUGUUCAGUUUCGUGCUUGGGCUCGUCGUCGUCAUCACGCAGAAAAUUACCCUUCCGGUUUGGGCCUACAUUGUGUCGCUCCUAUUAGGAAUAUUCAUCGCACCCUUGAGCACCAUUCUUUAUUCCCGUUUCGGCAAUGGUAUUGCCACGAACAAUCUGUCGAAAAUGCUGGCGGGUCUCAUGCUCCCUGGACGCCCCGUUGGUAACAUGUAUUUUGCUGCGUGGUCGCACAGCGUCAUCGCCAAUGCCGUCAACCUGUCCAACGAUCUGAAGAUGGGCGAAUAUCUCAAGAUUCCUCCUCGUGCCAUGUUCCUUACUCAAAUCUAUGGGACCGUACUGGGCGGUUUCAUCAACUAUGCCGUCAUGAUCUCCAUUGUCAGUGGUAAUCGCGAAUUACUUGCUAACACCGACGGCUACAAUGGCUGGAGUGGUGCCACCAUUCAGUCGUAUAAUACCAACGCAACCUCUUGGGCCCUGGCCAAGUACCUCUAUGCCAGAGGUACCAGGUACGAGAUGGUUCCCGUAGGACUAGCCAUUGGUAUCGGCGUCGUUGUCAUCCACCGUAUCUUUGUCUACUUCGUCCCCAAGAUCCGCAGCUUCGCGACCACGGAGAUAAAUAUGCCUCAGUUCAUCCAAUACGCCGGCUACAUCCCCUACAAUGCGUCCCAGACCUGCGUCAUCUUCAGCCAGGUCAUCGCCGGGUUUAUCACCCAGCUCUACCUCCGCAACUACCGCCCGCGCAUCUUCAAGGACUACUCGUACUUGGUUACUAGCGCUUUUGACGGCGCCAGUCUCUCGGUGCUGUUUAUCUUGUCGUUUGCCGUCUUUGGCGCUGGGGGUCCGCCGCGCCCCUUUCCCUCUUGGUGGGGUAAUAAUGCGGAUGGGAAUUACGAUUUUUGCCCUUCAGCUGAGUGAAGUACGGGCUUGGGGGCAAGGCUCAGCUCAACUGAAUUACAACCCAUCAUGACCCGUAUUUCAAGCCUAUCGAAUUAAGGCGCUUAACUAUAAGGCUACGUCGCUUAAAUGCCGCGCUACCUACGAAGAAGCUAGUACUACCGUCAAUCUAGAGACAUUUAUCACUAGAUAUUUCCAAUCUGC